GAUUAUUAGCAGAUGGACUGCGCGCAUGCGCAGUCGCCUAUUUUGUUUCUCCUCGUCGCGCCAGAUGUAGACGGUCGAUCCUCGCUCCAAGUGGGAUUAUUUUAUUUUUUUGUUUCGGGGGCCUCCCGCUCCGUCAUAAAGGAUACCAUUUUUUUUUGAAGAGGAAAAUCGAACAAACCUCGAAAUAUAAAGUUGUCAAAAAAAACAAAAAGUAAUUCAAGGAAAAAGAUAUAAAAUUAAAUGCAGCAAUAGUUAAUAACCCAGAUGUAUUUACUCUCGUGGUUUUUGGCCGAAAAAAGAAAUUCUACAGAAAUGACCAUAAUUGGAAAGUGAGUGACUGAGAGUUUUGAGAAAAACAGCAGAGACCAUGAAAAUAUUUAUUGGCCUAGGAGGGACUAUACAAUGACAAUAAUUUGUGAAAGAAGUCUCCAUCUGGGCCACAAUUUAACGGUAUUUUAAUACAACUUGUACAUACUUAUGUUGGUGAACAGCACAUAUCUACAUUGGUGAACAGUACAUACCUAUGUUGGUGAACAGCACAUUCAUGUGCUGGUGAACAGCACAUACCUAUGCUGGUGAACAGUACCUACAUGUGCUGGUAACCAGUACAUACCUAUGUUAAUGAACAGCACACAUCUAUGUUGAUGAACAGCUCAUCCCUAUAUUGGUGAACAGUACAUAUAUACGUAGUGGUGAACAGUUAAUUAAAGUUUCACUAAAUUGUUGAAUUCUCAGGUGUGGUUACUGUAAAAGACAGUAAAACAUCUGACCCCUGAACACCUCUGCACCCCUUAUCCCCCACUCCCUGUUUCUCAGCCUUGCCCUGUUCUGACCUUUCCCCCUUUCCAGCGAUUGUCUUUGACUUUGGCUCUUCCUCCACCUCCACCUCUACCUCUAUCGCCUACCUCCUACCCCCACCGCUACCGCUCGGGUGGUGAGGGCAACGGACAUCAUGCACACUGCGAUAACCAGCCAGGCGCCGACGUCCGCAGACGCCUGCCUCAGCAUUGUCCAUAGUCUCAUGUGUCACCGGCAAGGCGGUGAAAGUGAGAGCUUUGCCAAGAGAGCGAUUGAGAGCUUAGUCAAGAAGCUAAAGGAGAAACGUGAUGAGCUGGACAGUUUGAUUACUGCAAUUACGACAAACGGCGCUCACCCCACAAAAUGUGUCACAAUACAGCGCACCCUCGAUGGCCGGCUUCAGGUUGCUGGUCGCAAAGGCUUCCCACAUGUAAUUUAUGCCAGAAUAUGGCGCUGGCCCGAUUUACAUAAGAAUGAACUGAAACAUGCCAAGUUCUGCCAGUAUGCAUUUGAUCUGAAAGCAGACAGUGUGUGUGUGAACCCAUAUCAUUACGAACGAGUUGUGUCACCCGGAAUAGACUUGACAGGACUAUCAUUACAACAUACAGCUCCCAGCAGACUAGUGAAAGAUGAAUACGGCCACGACAGCCAGCUCAAUGGCAGCGGGGCCGGGGAAGGCUCACAAACUGUACAACACCCACCUCAGGACAAUUUUGGCCUCAUGCCAGGUUUACAGCCCCAGGCCUCUAAGUUCCGGCCAGCAUCUUCAGGUCAGGGGUCGCCCACCCCUCAGGCUACUGUGCAACACCAGCAGCAGCAGCAGCAAAAGGGUGGUGGCAGUGGUGGUGGCGUCGUGCCCUCGGUUCUGACAGGGGGCGCUGGUGCAGCAAGUGCUGGGGCAGCGGGCAUGCCGGGUCCUACACUGCAGCAACUCUCCCUACCUUCUCCGCCCCACCACCACCAACAACAAGCACAUCAACAACAACAACAACAACAGCAGCAACAGCAGCAGCAGCAGCCCGUCUCCUCACCCACAGUACAGACUGCGGCCGGACAUGAUUUGAACCGACCUAGGACCAGUGGAAUGGGAGCAUCGAUGGGCACAGGAUAUGACAGUUACAGUGCAGGAAUUUCAGCUGCGUACUCUCGAAGUACCACCACAAGUUGGGCUGGCAAUAACACCGCCACAUACACACAAACAGUUGCCCAAGAUAGUCAAUACUGGAAUAGCAAUCAGUUACCUCCCCUGACAAACCAACCACCUCCAGAGUUUUGGUGUACCAUUACCUACUUUGAACUGGACCAACAAGUCGGUGAAACCUUCAAAGUUCCUUCAGGGUGUCCAAGUGUUAAAGUAGAUGGCUACACUGACCCAUCAAGUAUUGACCGGUUUUGUCUUGGUCAACUGUCCAACGUACAUCGGACUGAAGCUUCAGAACGUGCUCGGUUACACAUAGGCAAAGGUGUACAGCUGGAUUGUCGGGGUGAAGGUGACGUCUGGAUUAAAUGUCUAAGUGAUCAUAGUGUGUUUGUGCAAUCAUAUUACCUCGACAGGGAGGCUGGUCGAGCUCCAGGUGAUGCUGUCCACAAGAUAUAUCCUGUAGCAUAUAUCAAAGUAUUCGAUAUACGACAGUGUCAUUGUCAGAUGCAACAGCAAGCAGCCACUGCUCAAGCCGCAGCAGCUGCACAAGCAGCAGCCGUCGCAGGUAAUGUGCCAGGGCCUGCUUCUGUUGGUGGUAUUGCUCCUGCUGUAGGUUUAUCUGCUGUGGCUGGGAUAGGGGUCGAUGAUCUACGUCGCCUGUGCAUCCUGCGAUUAAGUUUUGUGAAAGGCUGGGGCCCCGACUACCCACGCGCUAGCAUCAAAGAGACGCCCUGCUGGAUUGAAGUGCAACUCCACCGACCUCUACAGUUACUUGACCAAGUCCUGCAAGCUAUGCCACUUAGUGAUCCUCGACCGACUCGACUGAUUCCAUGGAUGAAUUGAUUGGUUGGUCGAUUUAUUGAACAUCCUUCCAUUGACUCCAUCUCUCCCACCACCACCACCACCACCCCUCCAACUCUUCCUCGUUACCCACACACACAUACGUACAUACACACACACAUAUAUAUACAUAUAUAUAUAUAUAUAUAUAUCACAUAUAUAUAUCAUAUAUAUGUCAUAUAUAUAUGUCAUAUACACAAACAAACACACACACAAUCAUAUGAAUAUGGUUUCAAAUAAACAAUUACAAUAACAACAACAACAACAACAGCAACAACUGUUACUAUAACUGCAGCAGCAGUUCCAACAACAGUAACAACUAUUAUUACUACGACUACUACUACUACUACUAUUAGUACAAUAAACUGCAACUGAUAUUACAAUAACGACUACUGCAUCAACAACAAUAAUACAUUCGAAAAUUAAAAUAAAAUUAAAGAAAACGUAAAAGAAAAAGAAA